AUGAACGAGCGCGGUGCUGGACUGGGAAUUGUGGCGGAGCCCUACAAAGUCCCCAGAAACCAUCCAAGAUGGUUUGGGGACAACCUGGGCUCCGUCGCAAUAAUAUGGAAGGCAGGCGGAAAUUCUCCCCCCGCUACCUAUGUAGGUAGCGGAGAAGGGUAUGUCGUGACCAGAUGGGGGGUCCUGACUGUGGUCGGGGUAUACCUCCCCCCAACAAAGAGCCUGGACUUGCCCAGCUUUAAGUCCAGGCUCCGAGAUAUGGGGAGGGCCGUCAAGCGGUAUCUCCCCGAACCUGUCAUCAUCGCCGGGGACUUCAAUGCGAAGUCGGAGUUGUGGGGAUCCCGGCGUGGUGACAGGAGGGGGGAGGAAGUGGAAGACUGGGCCGCGGGCCUUGAUCUGCACCUGCUCAAUGAAGGACAAAAAGCAAUGUUCGUAGGGUCGCAGGGGGAAUCGAUCAUUGAUCUCACAUGGGCUUCCCCUGCGGCCCUGAAGCGGGUGCGGAGCUGGAGGGUGGCGGACGAGCUCGAAGCUCUCUCUGAUCAUCUCCUGAUAGAGAUGGAGCUGUCCGUCACCCCCGAAGGCCUGCGGACAAAACACCCACAGAAGCAACCCCGACCAGGGAGAUGGGCCCUGAAUCAGCUGGACAGGGAGGCCCUGGACAUCUCCCUGGAGGCUGCCACCUGGCCACGGCAGAAGGAGGGGCGGGACCUUGACUCUGCGGUUAUGGAAAUUAUGGAAGUGAUCGCACAUGCGUGUGACGAAGCCAUGUCCAGAGUCAGGUCCUGCCCAAAAAGAUCCGCCUGGUGGUGGAUACCAUAG